GAUAACCGGAAAUAAUGAGCGUCGACACGGCGAAUUUUCCUCUAACGUCGUCGUGGCUGUUUUGUAUUUGUUCAACAAAAUCCAAUUCAUUCUCAAAUUAUUUCAAUGUCGUCUUUAAAACGUGCUGCAUUUCGUCACCGGAGCGAGUGUUGAGCCAAGCCGCUGACUGUGCUCUUCAAUUCGGUGUGAGUCCUGACCUCAAUGUGACUCCAGCAAACCAGAGUGGAAGUUGUAUCAAUUGAAAAACUUCAAAAAGUGGUCUUAUCAGGAAAGAUGGGUGAAGUGACUCUCAGUAUGGAUGAGUUAAUCAGCAAAGUGCUCCUUCCAGAACCACAACUAAUCAUUUUGGCCCUGCCUCCACCUUUCCUGCCAACGCCCGAUGAACCGAACAUCGUUUGGCCAAAGUGGCUCGCUGCUUUCGAACGCUACCUGGAGGCACUCGAUGACGAAAAGCUGACCGACACCAGUAAAUGUAUGCUUCUGCAUAACUGUCUGGGUCAAGAGGGUCAGCGACUCUUUGCAACGCUUGUCUCGCAGGAACAAUCGUACGCGGCGGCCGUCUCAGCCCUGACCGCCUACUUCGGCGCCGGUCGCGCAACUCGGGCGUGUUUACUCAAAUUCCACCAAAGGGCUCAGAUGAUCGGUGAGAGCACGGAUGAGUUUGUGACGGCGUUGGAGGCGCUGCUGGCCCCCGGCGACUGCACGGACAACCAACUGAUCCUCAAUCAACUGAUCGAGAAAACAAAUCUGCCGCGGCUCGGAGAGCGCUUGCGCUCGCAAAGGGAAACGCUCACCCUCGCCACCGCCCUGCGCAUCGCCAAAGAGGUGGAGUCCGAAGUCUUGAACGGGCCUGACGUCAAGCCUCCCGUGCAACGACCCAAAAGAGGAAGGCCUCGGCGUAUGGAGAGAGUUGCGAUUGAAACCCAAAGUUUGAGACAUGGAGUCAACUGGAGUGGCGAUGAAAACCUGCAGCAUGAUGAGGACCGUGGCGACGCGGUCCGCAAUGAUGAUGAUUGCGAUGAGAAAAACAAUGACAGCGCCUCAUUAUCACCCUUCAAACUGGAGGAGUCCUUGGACGAGCCCAAUACGGACGGCAACCAAAAAGUCCGUAAAACGUUCACCUGCUCCGUCUGCAAGGACAAACACUUUGUCACCGCAAACAAGCUGGCUCGACACAUGAGGUCGCACACCCAGGAGAAACCCUUCCACUGUACCGUCUGCGCCACCGUCUUCAGCCAGUCCUACCACCUGACGCGGCACAUGCGGGUCCAGCACAACGCCGCCCAGCACGUGUGCUCCACGUGCUGCGACAGUUUUGGGACGCUGGCGGAGCUCAAGAACCACAGGAGGAAGCACGCGGCGCAGUUCCUGCUGUGUCCCUACUGUUCAGAGAAGUCACCCAACGACGAGGCGUUUUUACGCCACAUCGCGUAUCACGAGGCGCAUCAACAGGGAGACGAUGAGGCGAUACCACGGGAGCAAGUCCAAACCGCUAUGAAGGAAACCCAAAUCAAUAUGCAGGAAAUCCAAAGCAAUAUGGAGGGAACCCAAAGCAAUAUGGAGAAGGCCAAUAUGGGGGGAAGCCAAAGCAACGUAACGGAGUCGUUGACGGCCACCGGCAGCGCAAACGAAAGGAAGGAAUCAGACAUCCGUGUUGUGACGGUGGCUUUUAGCGGCGCAAGCGUGCCCUGCAAGAAGAGCCACGUGUGCCCCGUGUGCAACCUGACCUUACCCUACGCCGUGAAGCUCAACCGCCACAUGCGCACGCACACCAAAGAGAAGCCCUUCCGCUGCACCGUGUGCUCACUGCUCUUCAGCCAGUCGUACCACCGCGACCGCCACAUGAGGAAACAGCACGGCUUGCGGCAGUACGGCUGCCACAACUGCGGCAAGAUGCUGGCGAGCUGGGCCAAGCUAAAGCAGCACCGCAAGAUGCACUUGGCCAAGCAGCUGACGUGCCCCGCCUGCGACAAGAGCUUCAAGGAGAAAGCCCACUUGGAGAGCCACCUCAAGUUGCACGAGCAGCUCCCGCGCAGUCCGCACUCGCUCAUCUGCCCAGAGUGCGGCAAAGUGUUCGGGCGGAGGUUCCACCUGAAGAGGCACGUGAUGGUGCACUGCCGGGGCGCCGGCUACGAUCGCUACACCUGCGGCGAGUGUCACAAGACCUUCCUCUCGGCAGAGGGCCUGAAGAAGCACCUGAUCAAUCACGCCAAGGAAAAGAGAGGCACGUGCCCGCACUGCGAGCGGAACUUUGGCAGCCGUGAGGAGCUGGAAGCGCAUUUGGAGGCGCAUAACGCUUCUUACCUGUGCAGUGUCUGCGGCAAGACGUUCAAGGUAGCGGCAGCGCUGAGAAAGCACGAGGAGAAGCACAAAAGCCCGAGCUUCCACUGUGCCGUGUGCAGCAAGAACUUUGACGGCCCGGCGGAGUACAAGCGCCACGCCGAGAUGCACGACCGGCGCGAGAUCAAAUGUCCGCACUGCGAGGACGUCUUCCUCAAGCGCACCACCUUCAAGUAUCACCUCCAGACGCACACCCAGGAGAGACCCUAUCAGUGCGUCUACUGCAUGGACACCUUUGUGGACAACGAGGAGCUGGAGCGCCAUUGCCUCAAGCACCGCAAGUUCCGCAAAGAGCGCCCGUACAACUGCACGCGCUGCGCCGCCGCCUUCGCCGCGCUGGCCGAGCUGACGGCGCACAUGGAGGGCCACAAGGGCGAGGCGCCGCUCAGCUGCGACAUCUGCGGCCGCACCUUCCUCAACGCCAGCAAGCUGGAGAAGCACCUGAGCAUCCACACGGGCGCGCGGCCCCACCUGUGCCCUCACUGCGGCAACGGCUUCCCCACGGCCGCCAACCUCAAGCAGCACAUCUACUCGCACACGGGCGAGAAACCCUUCGCCUGCGCCGAGUGCAGCAAGGCCUUCCGCUCGGCCAGCGGGCUGCGGCUGCACAGACGGCAGCACACGGACGCGCCGCCCAGCUUCGAGUGCUCCGACUGCGGCAGGACGUACGGCCGCAUGACCGAGCUGAGAAUGCACCAGCGCUACCACACGGGCGACAGGCCCUACACCUGCGUCAGCUGCAACAAAACCUUCGUCAGCAAGUACAAGCUGACGGUGCACGCUCGCAUACACACGGGCGAGCGGCCGUACUCGUGCCCCCACUGCAAGCAGACCUUCAGGCAGUCGGGGGACCGCAACAGACACAUCAAUAAGUUCCACCCAAAAGACUCUCAACUGCUUUCUCCCGCCGGCUGGGUAUAGCCCCGUGCCCGUCGUCUUCUCUACACGCCGUCGUAACGCAACCGCCAAUCAAAGUGUGCUUUUAAGGGAUGAGGACAUUUUCGGGGGGUCCUGCAAAAUGGAUGAUGACCGUGACUGCUGACGUCUUGCAAACUCCCGAGUUUGCCAACCUGCGCUUCCUAUAAUGUGGUAUUCACAACAAGUAUUUAUUUUCUCUCGCUCUCUCUUUGUCCUUACUUUGGAAUAAGGGGGGGUACCCUGUGUUUAUAGAUUCUUUGUUCUUCUUUGUCUAAUCUAUGUACUAAAUUCUGUUUACAUAGUGCCCCAUAGUGUUCAGAAUCCAAUAUAACUAAAAUGCCUUGUUUCGGACUGCUUUCAAGUGAAACGCAGCAGGACUGUCCGAAAAACAUGCACUUAGGUUUUGGUCAGUAGUGACAAGUUAUUACUGUAAAAAAAAAAACAUAUAUAUAUAUAUAUAUAUUCGAGAGCAAUGUAUGUCAUAGGAAGGUGUAUGUCAUCAGGAAAAGUGGGUUUUUAAUUAAAAUAAAAUAAAAUGUCGAAAGACGUAUUGCUAUCCGUAUUCGGUAGGUAAUGGUAAGAGUACCAUUGCUUCCCUCAUACCAACUAAAGGAAACAGGUGAUCUUUUUUUUUAAUCAUGUCAGGAGGGUUUGAGCGUCUGUAAAAUACAAAACAAAUGGGCCGCGUUUAUAUUAUGUGCAGGUGGUGCAAAACUGCAUUGUUGCAUUGAGACUUGUGAAAAUAAACUCGGUUGUCUUAACUUUU